CGGCUCACUCCCCCUCCUUCCGGGGAUCGGCCCUCGGUUCUCCCCGCGGUCCCCCGGCGGCCGCCCGCUCGCUCGCCCCCUCCCCGCCGGGGUCCGGGGUGCGGGGCGGGUGGCCGGGGCGGGUGGGGGAGGGGAGGCGGCGCCGGGCGCUCCUCGGUCGCGUGGCCGCCCGCGGGGGGGGUAGUGGUUUCGCGGGGCCUCCGGAGCCCAGGGACGCCCGAGUGUCGCCCGGCAGCCCCCCGCCCCCGCGGAGUGGGCCCCGCACCUUCCGGGCCCGAUGUCGGCGGGGAGGGGGCCGCCCCGCCAUCUGCUGUGCCCGCAGGCGGCGGCGCGGGGAGGCGCGGGUCCCCUCCGCCCUGCCCGCUCCCUGCCCGAGGAAAAGUUCCUCCCGGAGUCGGAGCGGCGGGGCGCGGCGUGGGCCGUGCGGGGCGGGCGGCCUCGGGGGUCCGGCGGCGGAGCCUGGAGUUUGGGGAAGAGGAGGCGCCGGCGGCUGCGCGCGAGGGUGCCCCCGCGUCCUCCGGCGUCGGCGUGGCGGUGCUGGGGGACCGCGCUCGGGUCGGGCCGGCGGGGCGCCUCGGAGUACUCGCCCAGCUGCAAGAGGCGGAGGACCGUGGAGGACUUCAACAAGUUCUGCACCUUCGUGUUGGCCUACGCUGGCUACAUCCCCUACCCGAAGGAGGAGCCGCCUCUGAGGAGCAGCCCCAGCCCGGCCAACAGCACCGCGGGCACCGUGGACAGCGAUGGCUGGGACGCCGGCUUCACCGACGUGGCCGCCUCGGUGCCCCUGCCGGUCUCCGAUCGCUGCUUUAGCCACCUGCAGCCCACCCUCCUGCAGCGAGCCAAGCCCAGCAACUUCCUGCUGGACAGGAAGAAGACGGACAAGCUGAAGAAGAAGAAGAAGAGGAAGCGCCGGGACAGCGACGGGCCCGGGAAGGAGGGCUACAGGGGCGGCCUGCUGAAGCUGGACGCCGCCGCCGCCUUCGCCGAGACCCCCGCGAGCCCCGCCCUGCAGGGCGUUCCCCAGGCCCCCGGCGACCCCUGCUCGGGCUGGGACUCUGACACUCCCUCCAGUGGGUCUUGUGCCACUGUGUCACCUGAUCAGGUCAAGGAAAUAAAAACUGAAGGCAAACGGACUAUCGUCCGGCAGGGGAAGCAGGUGGUGUUCCGGGACGAGGACAGCACCGGCAACGACGAGGACAUCAUGGUGGACUCCGAUGACGACUCCUGGGACCUCGUCACCUGCUUCUGCAUGAAACCGUUCGCUGGCCGCCCCAUGAUUGAGUGCAACGAGUGCCACACCUGGAUUCACCUGUCCUGCGCGAAGAUCCGCAAGUCCAACGUCCCCGAAGUGUUUGUCUGCCAAAAGUGCCGGGACUCCAAGUUCGACAUCCGCCGUUCCAGCCGUUCCCGCAUGGGCUCCCGGAAGCUGUUUCUGGACUGACGGCCGCCGGCCAGGAGACUGGGCGAGGAGCCGGAGGGUCGGCGGGCUCUUUGGCCUCUCGGUUGAGCACAGAACUCUUGAGCUCUGGUGUGGGCAGAUGCCUGCCACUCAGGUGCCUAAGCUAAAGGACAGGCUGUCCACGCAGACGAGCUGUACAUAGCCAGUGACCGAGUAAAACCCCCGUGGCCAGCGCUGCCAGAGCUGUGUCCUCCGCAGUGCAGGUGGGCGGGACACCCGGCGCGGUGGCCUUGGGUCGGCCAGAAGUGCGGGUGCGUGGUAGCUGUGAGUUGUCGCUGACCUUGUGACAGAUGCCCGCUACUUGGGAUGAGCGCUCUUCCUUCCUCCACGUGCCAGGGGAGGGGGAGGGGUGUCUCCCUGGCCUGUCUGAACGGCCAUGCGUGUCAGUUUCUUCCCACGUGUCUUACCAUACGUGUCUACAGCAGCCGUCAGACGUUCGCCCCUACCUUUGUGGUCCGCCCCUGCCUGGCUCAGCUGCCCGAGCCGGGGGAGGCGAGCCCCUUAGCAGUUCUUAGGUUUCCUUCUGUCUGUUGAAAAAGGGACAGUGUGCGGCCACCUCUAUGGAAAGGGGGUUGGUUGGGGGUUGAGGUGGCCCUUUGUUCAUAACUCAGUUUCCUGAUUUGCACGAUGUAACAAAAUCUGUCUUUUUGCACGAUGCUGCCAAAGUAUUGGCCAAUUUCCUGCUGGGUGCUGGUCCCGGCGGGCCCAGGUGAGCUGUUGGCAGGUGUGGGAGCUCCUGGAGGGGAUGAGAGUGGUGGUCCUUCACGGGGUGGGGGAGGGGAGCGGCUGGUCCACGGGGCAGGGGGAGGGCAUGAGCCCUUUCGGUUUGCAGUCAGUGAGGUGUUGGUAUUGGCCCCCGGAAAGACGGGAACUGGGGUCCAGGCGGGGAGGCCACCGGGAGGGCCAGGGCCGGGGCUCUGGGACACAGCUGGUCUGGGCACCUGUUUGUGAAGUGUUUCCACGAGCCUUGUUCCCUGGAAGGCGGAGAGGGAGUAGUGCCCAAGUGUGCUUGUAGCGGGGCGGGGGUCUCGGGCCAGCAGAGUUCUCUCCCGAAACUCCAGGGCGGAUACAUAGUUUGCUGUUGUCGCAUCUCUCCUGUCGGGCCGGGUCUGUCUCUGUGUUUUAAAUGCUUCUGUCAACAAGUAGCGAAACAGUGGUGAAGCCGUGUUUGUCGGGGGCUCCCCAGCCCAGAGCCAAAGAGCUGCCCGGCCGCGCCUGCCCAGCCCAAGUUCCAAAGUCGUUUCUGUUUUAAACUUGAGCUUUUAGAAGUGCAUUUAAGAGCCUGGAGCCGGGCCGCGCUGGUGUCGCCUCGGAGGGGCUCCAUGGGGUCCCCCGCUUCCUCCUGGUCUGUGGCAGAGCCGCGCCAGGGCUGGGGCCCGCUGGGCUUGUGUGGUCAGCUGCUUUGUGCAGGGUCCCGGCCGUGGUCCCGUGUGGUGUCCGUCUGCAUAAACCAAGCUGUUUCUGUGAAACUGUACAUUUGUAAAUAAAGAUGGUUCUCCUUUGA